CCUGCCUCACAGCUCCAGACCCCUCCUCACUUUAACACCUAGACAGACCUACACCUGUUGCUGUUCUGUUCUUCUCUUCCUCUGUGACAGAGGUCUGUCUGUCACCACUCUGUUGGUCUUUAAAUCCUCCUUCAUCCAUCCAUCCAUCCAGAAAGAGAGAGAGAGAGAGAGAGAGAGAGACUGACUGGGAGAGACUCCCCAGGUUUAUGUGAAUACCCUGAACAGACUGAACUGACAGACAGACUGACAGUCCUGCAACACUAUUUGGGACAACACGUUAUCUGUUAUUCAUUUAGUUGAACAAUCAUUUGCUUCGGUGAGAAGAGGAAGAAGAACAAGGUUAAAAUGUCUCUGAAUGUUCCGGGCCUGAUCGUCAUGGCGAUCUUCUACUUGCUGAUCCUAGGCACGGGGAUCUGGGCCUCGAUGCGCUCCAAGAAGGUGGAGAGGAAGUGUACUGGGUCGGACGGGAUGGAGAUCACGCUUCUCGCCGGACGCAACAUCAACCUUUUGGUGGGGAUCUUCACUCUGACUGCUACGUGGGUUGGAGGAGGGUUUAUCCUGGGUAUAGCGGAGGCUGUCUACAACCCUACCCUGGGUCUGGUCUGGGCUCUGAUGCCAGUCCCCUACGUACUCACCUUCUUCCUGGGUGGUUUUUUCUUCGCCAAGCCAAUGAGGGAAAACAAGUACGUGACAAUGAUGGAUCCGUUCCAGAUAAAGUAUGGCAACGUCCUGAGCAGCCUGCUCAUCUUCCCAGCGCUCAUUGCAGACGUCCUGUGGGUCGCAAGGACGCUGGUCAGCCUAGGUGGCACUAUGAGUGUGAUUCUGGACCUGCCCUAUGUCUACUCCAUCUGUAUCAGCUCUGUGGUGGCCAUCAUCUACACUCUACUGGGAGGACUCUACUCUGUAGCCUACACCGAUGUCAUCCAGCUCAUCCUCAUCUUCCUCAGUCUGUGGAUCUGUGUGCCAUUUAUGAUGACCAACCCAAACUCCAUGGACAUCACUCUGACCGCAUUCAACGAGACGUUCCAGGCCCCCUGGGUCGGCAAGCUGGAGCUUAGAGACGCGGGGAAGUGGAUUGACGACUUCAUGGUCCUGGCUCUGGGAGGCCUGGCCUAUCAGGCCUUCUACCAGAGGAUCCUAUCAGCGUCGUCCUACACCCAGGCUCAGGUCACCUGCUUCGCCUCCUCAGCUUUCUGCCUGGUGCUGGGGGUCCCGUCUGUCUUGGUGGGGGCUGUCGCUGCAUCCACAGACUGGAACCUGACUAGCUAUGGUUCUCCGACCCCAUACGAGCGUGGCCAGGCCGGGUCCAUCCUCCCCAUCGCCCUGCAGUACCUCACCCCCUCCUACGUCUCCAUCAUCGGCAUCGGGGCCGUCGCUGCCGCCGUGAUGUCAUCCAUGGACUCCGCCCUCCUCAGCUCCGCCUCUAUGUUCUCCUCCAACAUCUACAAGAACAUCAUCAGGAAUCAGGCCUCAGACAGGGAGAUGCAGUGGGUGAUCCGUACCUCGGUGGUGGUGUGUGGCCUGGCGGGGACGGCCCUGACCUUCCUGGAUAACAGUGUUCUGGUUUUCUGGCUGGUGGGCGUCGACAUGUCAUACACAAUCAUGUUCCCACAGCUUGUCUGUGUCCUCUUCUUCAAGGUGUCCAACGGCUACGGUGCCAGUGUGGGGUAUCUCCUAGCGUUGGUCCUCCGUAUCCUGAGUGGGGAACCCCUCAUCAACCUUCCCCCUGUCAUCCACUUCCCUGGGUUCAGGAAGGACGCGGAGGGCGUGAUGACCCAGUUCUUCCCGUUCCGUACCACCAUCAUGCUGACGUCUCUCUGCUCCAUCCUCGUCGCCUCCGGCGUCACCUCCGUCAUCUUCAACAAGGGCCUGCUGUCGGAGAGGUGGGACGUGUUUCAGAUCAAGAGGUCGCAGGCCAAAGUGACAGCGCUGACCAGGCUGAAGAAAGAAGAGAGUAAAAAGGACUGCGUGGAGGCCAAGGAGGCGGUGGUGAACAAGCAGCUUCUGGACACCAGCUGCUGAACAGAGGGGGACGAUGGAAACUGAGGACGGCCAUGGGGGGAUUGAGUGAGUGAGCAUCACAGGAGGCUGCUGAGGGGCCAUGUUGAGGCAAAGGGUUUUGUUUGGUCGGGCGGACAUUUUGUGUUUCUGCUGAGGACUCGAAGGAUUUUGGAGAUGGGAGGAUGGUCGAAAAACACGCAACAACAACAACAACAACAACAACAACAACAGAAAGAACACCCAAUAUGACAUCAUAAAGCAUUGUGUUGCUGGUAAAAAAAAAUGGCCAGACACUCGACAGUUUCCAGUGACCCGGGCUAGUUACACAAAAACAAUGUCGCGAAGACCAACGGCAGCUCUGGGAGAGACGUUCUUAUGAACGACAUUUCCUAUUCCACAAAGGGUGGAGUUUUAUUUUGUCUGACUUUCUUUACUGCGACAAAUGAUCGAAACGGUGUUUUUUCAAAGCAACGAUGAUUUUGCCGAAUAACUUUUAAAAGGUACACACGGGGCACGUGAUGUCAUCACAUAACUAUAAAACAGUUUAUACGGUUCAUUCUAAAUGAACUUGCUAACUCGCUUGCUAAAUCUAUUUUUAAAACUACAACUUUUUUUAUGUUUAUUUGCAGGGAAAAGGAUUGUCUUGACUUUCAAGAAUGCCUGAAUUGCACUCGCUUUGCUUUUCUGAUUGGCUGAAUGCAAGUUUCACCAUCCAAUUAUUACAGAUCUACAGGAGUGGACGUUUCACCAUGGCAACAACUAGGCACAUGAGAAUGAUUAAACUAUGGCAACUAUUAGUCAAUUCUUACGCAAAAUGUGUUGUUGUAGGUGUGACCUCACUACGUCCAGUUGUUAUCAACACAAGACAUUUGAAUGGAAACACACCUUAACAGGCAUCUGUCUUCUAGUCCAACUUUCUAAAUCUCGACAAAAGUUCAUGGACAUUUGUUUUUUUUUGUGUUUGUUUAGGUUUUGUGGGUCAGUUUUGACACUGUGAUUUGGGAGGUGAAGGGUAGAGACUGAGAAACAACUAUCCGAUUGAUCCUCCCUGAAUAUAACUUUUAUACUGUAACUCUGGCUCCCUAGUGGCUGUAUCACAUCCGGCCGUGAUUGGACGGCACACAGUUGUCCCAGCGUCGUCCGGGUUUGGCCGGGGUAGGCCGUCAUUGUAAAUAAGAAUUUGUUCUUAACUGACUUGCCGAGAUAUAUAAAGGUAAAAAAUAAAAUCUGGGGUGACCAGAAGCCCCAGUCUUAAAAGCA